AUGAACGAAGUGGUGAUAACUGACAAGGAGGUUUCUGAGUUCUUCCUAGCUGCUGACAGAGGAACUCACUUGGCAUUUUUGCAAGAACUGGAGUUUGCUCUCCAGAGGUACUCCGCUAACCCCAGCAUAAUCCCGCCAAGAAUCAAGGCACAUACACCAUCAGGCUCCACGGUGCACCUUUACAUGCCUGUGAUUGACGAUGUCUACAGCGGUGUAAAGACAUUAGGUUAUAAUGUGAAUUCUAAUAUGGGUUUUGUUGGAUCUAUCAACGUCACUGAUGCCGAUUCAGGUGCUCUAUUUGGUACAUUAGAGGCAAAACAGGUUACUGGUAUUAGAACAGCAUUGGCAAGUUGUAUUGGUCUCUACCACCAACUGACCAAAUUUGAAAACACCCCCCGAAUCAAUUGCACCGUAUUUGGAGCUGGAUUACAAGCAUUUUGGCACAUCUUUAUUGUCAUCCAACUGUUUAAGGGACACUGCGAUGCAUUUAAAGUUAAUAUUCUGUACCGUGAGAAUCCAAUGGAUUUAGAACCGUUAUUGAAAGCGGUGUACUCUCAAGAAGACGCUGGAGAAGUUGUAAUGGAACAGUUCCCACUAUCCGAUAGGGCUAAUGUCCAAAACUGUGUUUCCAAUAGUCAUGUAAUCUUUGGAUGUAUUCCAUCAGAGACUCCAAAUCUACUUUUUAAAGAUUUGGCAGUGCCGGGCACAGAAGUGGAACACACUUACAUCUCGCUAAUUGGUAGUUACCAACCUUACAUGCAUGAGUGUGAUGCAGAGACUAUAGGACGUUUUCAAGGGCGAGGUACACCUAUAAUUGUAGAUUCGAAGGAACACACACCUUUGGAAUCGGGUGAAUUAUGUGAUAGUGGAGUGUAUCGGGAGCAGCUUGUAGAAAUUGGUGAGCUGGCAGGUACUACAGUACCAACUCUUAAAUGCCCAAACAGUAGGAGAUCAAUAACGUUGUGCAAAAUUGUGGGCUUGGCUAUUAUGGACAUCUCUCUGUCUAAAAAACUGUUGGAAAUCUCUACUUCUUUGUAG